AUACUUCCGGGUUGCCGUAGUCACGCUUCAUGUUAUUCCAUCAUGGCUGCGUCCAUCUGUCACCCUGUUCUGUCCUCCACAUGCAGAAUAACGUGUAAUUAUAAAGGAAUAUAUCAUGCUAUUUCAUUUAACAGGAGGAUCUCAAGUUCCUCUGUCCUCUCAACAAGCGCAGUGGCAACAGAACGAGAAACUGCAGGCAGAGGAGUUCGUGGCCAGCGGAGGUCAAAGAGACAGGCUGGAGAACCCAGGACAGAGCGUAUGAGCGUCAGUCAGGACUGGACCUCAGUUUACCCGACAGCAGCGUCAUUCAAACCAUCAGCGGUUCCCCUGCCUGUUCGGAUGGGUUACCCGGUGAAGAGAGGAGUACCGCCUGAAAAGAAGGGCAACCUGGAACUGAUAAAGAUUCCAAACUUUUUGCAUUUAACCCCAGUAGCCAUUAAACAACAUUGUGAAGCCCUGAAACCGUUUUGUACGGAGUGGCCUUCUGUCCUGGACUCGGAUGAUAAAUGCCUGGAGCAUUUCCCAAUACAGAUACAGAGUAAAGAAUUUGUGUCUGCUGGACAAUCGCUGCGAAAUCCAGAUGCAAGAAUAGUUACACUCAAGGUGAAGCUUUCCAGUUUAAAUCUGGAUGAUCAUGCCAGGAAAAAGAUGAUCAAACUCAGUGGCGAGCGUUACUCCAAAGACACAGACACUCUUACCAUCACCACAGACAGCUGCCCGCUGAGACAGCAGAAUUACGACUACGCCAUGUACCUGCUCACAGUCCUGUACCACGAGUCCUGGAAAAGUGAGGCUUGGGAACAAGAGAAGACGCGUGCGGACAUGGAGGAAUACGAGUGGGAAGACAGCUCAUCCCAGAAGAACAUUCUGGAAACUCUCCUGCGCAUGCGACCGCUUGGAGCGGGAGAUGAAGUGGAGGGAGGGAGCAGGCAGGAGUUGCUGGCCCAGCCGGAGGUUCAGGAGUAUAAAGACACGGUGGUCAGGUUAAAGAAUGAGGGCGAGACUGAAGACAACAUCCGGAAGUACAAAGAAGCCGUGAAGAAACUUCUGAAUCUCUGAGGACCAUUAGCAGCCUGGAGCUUAAUUUGGGGGAAAAUAAAUGUACAAUUUAAGGUCGUCUUCACUUGUAAGCCAUAAAUUGUGUUACUGUAGUAAUAAAACUAUAAUACUGGUUUCCUUUAUCAAA